AUGGCGGCGGCGGCGGCGGCGCCCGUGGCGAAUCAAUCACAGGCCGUGCUCCGCGGCCGUCUCUGCGACCCGGCCUUCGUCCACUCCCCUCUCAGAUCCUCGCCCGACACCAACUACAGUAAGCUCAAGUACCUCGUGGACAGCUCCGUCUCCGAGGCCUGCAACAACUCCGUCCUCCUCCUCGGACCCCGCGGAUGCGGAAAAGGCGCGGUGCUCGACAUGGUUCUAGAGGACCUGAAGAAGGAGCAUCCUGAUGCGAUAUCCGUGAUCAGGCUGAAUGGGAUGUUGCAUAGUGAUGACAACUGCGCUACCAAGGAAAUUGCAAGGCAGCUUUGUCUGGAGCAUCAAUUGUCAUUUUCCAAAAUGGCUUCUUCGGAUGACAACACUGACUUCAUGAUUGACAUGUUACGGGAGUGUGGACUAGCUCACAAGACAGUAAUUUUUGUCCUGGAAGAGUUUGACCUCUUUGCCCAGGGGAAGCAGCGGUUACUCUAUAGCUUACUUGAUGCGAUGCAGACUCUUACAUCACAAGCUGUUGUCAUUGGUAUAAGUUGCCGACUGGAUGCGGAUCAACUGCUAGAAAAAAGAGUUCGGUCCCGCUUCUCUCACAGGAAGCUUCUAUUUGUUCCUUCUUCAUUGGAUGGUAUACAGAGGUUAAUGGAACAUCUGCUAAUGCUAGACAAAGACUCGAGCUUACCAAAAAACUAUGUUACGGAGUACAAUUCAAGGCUUACUAGCAUUUUCGGAAAUAAGAAAUUUAAAGGAAUUCUUGGCUCUCUCACUGAUGCGGAUGCAACAACCAGCAACAUCCCCAGAUUUCUUUUCAGAGUGGUGUCAUAUAUGGACAUGGAAUCUGGACUUCUGUCAAUGGAAUGCUUUACACAUGCUCUUUCCUGCAUGCAGAGGCAACCCAAGCUGGACAGUUUGCAAGAUUUGUCGAUUCUGGAACUGUACAUACUUGUAUGCAUGAAUAGACUAGAAGAUAAGGAGCAAAAUUCGUACAACUUCAACUCUAUAAUGAAAGAAUACAGAUCUAUACAGGAUGCCUACAAAACUUCUGACAAGUAUGCAACCACUGUUUGCUUCAGGGCUUUUGAACAUCUCUUGGACCGUGAGUUGAUUACCUUUGCAGACUCCAAAGGGAGAAAUGUGGCUCUUGAAUAUCGUCCUGUCAAACUUCUGAUAUCUUCUCGUGAGCUUGCACAAUCCCUCGAGUUAAACACUACAUGCCCUGCUGUACUGCAGAAGCUACUUGACCGUGAAAGAUACAUGUAGAAGUUCUUAUGUGUUCGCUGAAGUUGUAGUACAGUUUCAAUGUUGCUGGUGUGCUUGUUUGACCAGAGCAAAUUCGUUGUCA